AAUUAAAAAUAUAAAAGGAAAGAGAAAAGGAUUUAUAUUGUAAAAUAUGCCAUAUCAUAUGGCCUCAUUCCCAAGGGGAUCGUCAUUCGCCAGUGCCACGCUCAAAUCUUUAAUAUUAUUUAUGAAGAGAAAAAAAAAUAAAAAAAAAUAGAGAAAGUGGUAUGCCGACGUCGAAAGCAGCUUAGUCUACUAGCAAUUUGGCUUUAGAACACACCACCCACUUCCACUUCUUUUUUUCAGCACAAAAUAUCUUUUUCUUUUCUCUUCUCUUCUCUGUUUCACGAUGUGAGAAAUAUUUUCUUUCUUCGGAGUAACACUUUCUAGAGGUUUUUCCUUCGCUGUUUUCAUUUCGUUUCUGGUUUGAUUUCGAAUUUGAAGCGCUCGAAAAUUUGGUAAGUGAUGUAUAUAUAAUUCUAUAUGUUUGUAACAGUUAGCAACGAGUUUGCUUCUUCUUCAGUUUAGCUCGUCUCUAUUACUUGUUUAUUUGUGGCGCAGGUAAGGAGAAGCUUCAAGUUGAUUUGAUUAAGUUGUUUGAGAUUUAAUGGCAAGAGUUUGUGGACCGUACUUUGAUCCUGAGUAUGAGAACUUGAGCACCAGAAUCAAUCCACCCAGGGUGUCAGUUGACAACUCUUCAUGCUCCGACUGUACUCUAAUCAAGGUGGAUAGUGUGAACAAACCAGGAAUUCUGCUUGAAGUUGUGCAGAUAUUAUCAGACAUUGAUCUCAUCAUCACUAAAGCUUAUGUAUCUUCUGAUGGCGGAUGGUUCAUGGAUGUAUUUCAUGUCACUGAUCAGCAAGGAAACAAAAUUACAGAUAGAAAAACCAUUGAGUACAUAGAAAAGGCUUUAGGACCAAAGGGACAGACCAGAGAGGGAGGACAAACCAGAGAGGGAGUGAAGACUACACCAGGGAGACAAGUUGGUGUCCAUUCUAUUGGGGAACAGACGGCCAUAGAACUCAUAGGCAGAGACCGUCCUGGUCUCUUGUCUGAGAUCUCAGCGGUGCUGGCCAACCUCCACUUUAACGUGGCUGCUGCUGAAGUUUGGACUCACAAUGGGCGGAUCGCAUGUGUUCUUUAUGUUAAUGAUAACAUGACAUGUCAAGAGGUACAGGAUCCUACCAGAUUGUCUUUAAUGGAAGAGCAGCUAAAAAACAUUCUACGGGGUUGUGAAGAUGAUGAGAAAGCGGGUUACACUAGUUUCUCAGUCGGAUUUACUCACAUUGAUCGGCGACUCCACCAGAUGUUAUUUGCUGAUAGGGAUUAUGAGAGUAGUGGAGUUAAUAAAGAGAUUUCUUCUCCUUCCUUCAAACCAAAGAUCACAAUAGACCGUUGUGAAGAGAAGGGAUAUUCUGUAGUGACGGUGCGGUGUAAAGAUCGUGCAAAACUGAUGUUUGACAUUGUCUGCACACUGACGGACAUGCAAUAUGUUGUUUUUCAUGCUACCAUCUCAUCAGAUACCCCUUACGCAUCUCAGGAGUAUUAUAUCCGCCACAUGGAUGGAUGUACACUUGAUACUGAAGGAGAGAAGGAAAGGGUCAUCAAAUGUAUCGACGCUGCAAUACAAAGAAGAGUAAGCGAGGGCCUGAGAUUAGAGCUGCACGCAAAAGAUAGAGUAGGAUUACUAUCAGAAGUGACAAGGGUUUUGAGAGAGAAUGGGUUGUCAGUUUCAAGAGCAGGAGUCUCAACAGUUGGAGAAGAAGCAGUGAAUGUGUUCUUUGUCAGAGAUGCUUCAGGUAACCCAGUAGACACCAAAAUAAUUGAGACACUUCGAAAAGAAAUUGGGCAUACAAUGAUGGUCAAUGUGAAGAAAGUCCCAACAAGUAAUUCUAAGGCAGCUGAAUCAGCCAGUGGGUGGGCCAAAACAAGUUUCUUUUUUGGGAACUUGUUGGAGAAGUUCUUGACUUAAACUGAUGAUGAUUAACUGAUAAUUUACAUAUCAAUGUAAAACUUUGACUGCAAAUGUACAGAAUAACAUCAAUCUGCUCAGUACCUUGUUUGGAUAGAGCUUGUGUAAUUGCAUGUUCAUUGCAAAAAGGUAUGCUUGUAACUUUUGAUCUUUUGUGGCUCGGACUUUCAAAUUAGUAUUAUGACAUCCAUUUUGGCAGAGGCCGAGUUGUCCA